UUUAAUGAAAAAGACAGUUCAAGAGUGUAACACUCUGGAAUUUCCUGUAAAAACAGUACGAUCCUGAGCAGAUUCCUUUGUCACAUUUCACUGCUGAAUUGUCUUUGCUGUGCCCGUUAUUACAUGACAGGUAGAGAGCCCGCCUCUGUUCCAACACUGAUGUUCCUACACUGCAGAAAGAUUCAAUAUUAUUUAUAGCACAGACUUACUAUCUCAGGCAUGUAUUACAGUUUUUUUUUUUUCUUUUCUUUUUCCACAAAGCAGCAUUACCAAAAUCCAGAUAUAUAUUUUUAUCGUGUCCAGGCCAAACUCUGCUCCUGUGCUACUUUCAAUGACAAAAUGUUAUCUUUAAAUAAUUGUAAAUAAGAUGGAAAUACGCCGAACCCUCGCAUGACUUUAAGAGGUGGCGCUCUUUUUGUUUGCGUCCUGCAGAUAGAAAGAUCAAGACAGAGGUUUUCAUCAGACGCAAUUUAUUUCGGUCGGCUCUGACGUCAAGAGAAAACACGUUUCAUUCAACAAGCAAGAAACUAAGUUAUUUAUAACCCGCUGCAUCUCCAGGUUGUGAUCCUUGAGUGCGCAGUGAAAGGAAUACUCCCCAUUGGACUGAUGUAGCGUGCCUCCAUAACAAAAUCCACACAGCUCAUGAGCCAUGGUGACAGAGAGGCACGGCACACUAUAACCCAAACUAGGACGCAUCGAUGGGAGCAUCCACGGCUGAUAAAUAGGGAUAUUGCAAAGAACUGCAACAAACUUUGUGUUUCAAAUGUUUUCUUUUACCCCCUAGUAUCCUCCCUCUUAGAUGACACUGGGUACUUUGAACAUGGAGAAUCUCUUUUCUGACCAGGGCUGUAAGCUGUAAAUUCAAUACUGAGAAGAUCUGUGACUGGCUGGAAAAUGGCAGAUAUUCUGGAGCUGCGCACAGAUGGAAACUCACUCCUGAAGGCAGUAUGGCUCAGACGUUUGAGACUCACCAGGCUCCUGUUGGAAGGAGGUGCAUAUAUCAAUGAGAGCAAUGAACGUGGGGAGACACCACUCAUGGUAGCCUGCAUGUCAACACACUCUGACCAACAGAGUGUGAGCAAGUCAAAGCUUGUCAAAUAUCUGCUGGACAACCAAGCAGACCCCAACAUACAGGAUAAAGCAGGCAGGACAGCUCUGAUGCAUGCCUGUAUCCAUAAGGCUGGACACGAAGUGGUGGAUCAUCUCCUCAGCAACGGUGCUGACCCCAGUCUAGAGGACCGGAGUGGGGCCUCAGCUUUGGUCUAUGCUAUCAAUGCAGAUGACAAGGAGACACUAAAAUUACUCUUGGAUGCAUGCAAAGCAAAAGGCAAGGAGGUAAUCAUAAUCACUACAGACAAGUCACCAUCUGGCACAAAAACCACCAAACAGUAUCUUAAUGUCCCCCCAUCUCCAGAGCUGAUUGAGAGGUCUUCCUCAGAAUACUGUGCUUCUCCUUCUGAUAUUAAUGUUACUGCAUCUCCAACAUCUGAACAAGAACAACAACACACUGUCUUCAGUUUCCAGACAAAGCUAAAAAACUCCAGUGUAGCUGCAAAGCUUCCAAAUGGGCCCACAUCUCCCACACGCCGGCCUGCAAACCCUAAGCGUGCACGUUUGCCUCAGCUGAAGCGGCUGCAAUCAGAGCCUUGGGGGUUGAUUGCUCCUUCUGUCCUGGCUGCAGCUGCCGCCCAUGAAGAGAGCAAGAAAGCUGGCUCUGAUGAGGAUGUAGUUGUAGGGGUGAAUGGACUCUCUUUGAAUAAGAGGUCAGCUUUAUCCCGACAGAACAGUGUGGAUGGGAAGGACAGCUUAUUCCCGCUGGUAGGUGAACAGUCCUGUAAAAUGACAGCCUCACUAUCAGUUCCUCCAACAUCUAAACCAUCCUAUGAAAGAUCUCUUGGCCAGCACCAGCCGCUGGCUCGGCGUAGUACCGUGCCCACGGAGCAGGAGAGCAGCAGCUGCAGCAGUGGACUAGUCAGUCUGAGAGACACAAUGCAACGGAGACGCCUGGGAAAUGAUCACUAUGACUCAGAUUCACAGCUCUAUUCAGACUCUGCCAUGUUAGAUUCUCCUAAAGUCCCAGUGGAACGAAGGAAACUAAACACCUCUCCACUUGCGAUGCUUACCAGUUCCAGAGAAUCUCUUGACAGCAAUGCCAGCACAUCCUCUCCCAGCACAGCACGCAGGCGUGCACCAGGCCUCUUGGAGAGGAGGGGCUCAGGCACAUUGCUGCUGGAUUACAUCUCCCACACCAGACCUGGCCACCUACCCCCUCUCAAUGUCAACCCAAACCCACCCAUUCCUGAUAUCGGGGCUAGUAACAAGCCUUCUUCACCUCUAGCUACAGGUAUUAGAUCUAUAGCUCCAGUAGCACCCAACACACCAAAGAGAGGAGGCCUCAAGUCGAAGAAGAAACUUGUGAGAAGGCACUCUAUGCAAGUGGAGCAAAUGAAACAGCUUUCUGAUUUUGAGGAGCUUGCUCAUUAGUUAGAGAUGGCAUUAAUGCAGCAAAUACUGUGGAAGUAGAAACGUAAACAUAACUUGUCAGGAAGUAAAUCCAUAGGUUCAGUUGUGCAUACACAGCCAUCUAGAUGUUGAAUGAUGUAUAAUUUAUUAAAAAUAAAUAUACAUAUAUUGAAACUAAGCAAUAUAAGUAGAUUUUGUCCUUGUGCAACAGCCAACCUUAAAAAUGAUUAUAUUUUGACUUCACAACAUCUGUUUUAUAUGUUUUACACAUUUGAAUGUAAAUGCCAAGACAUGGUACUUUUUUCCUCUCUCAUACGAUCAUGUAAUUGUAGAGAACUACCAGGGUUCAUUUGUAGCCAGCAGGCCGCUUGGGCGCCCUUUGUGCAUGUGUAAU